AUGGGCUCGAUCGACGAGUCUCGGAAUCGGGACUUUUCCGGAUGCCUACGCUUCGGGAAGAUUACUGGCGUUUGCGCUGCUCUACAGCGACACAACUACGAGUACACGGUGCAAGUUGAUAGCGGGGAUACCGAGUGUGUCGAGGAGCAGUACCUGCAAGAGCUGUUUUUGCCUGAGCUGGAUUGGGUGAGCCCGUACACCCGGGAAGUGGCAGUCUUUCUCGAAACGCACGGUGCCAAGAGGUUCGUGGCAGAGCUUAUCCGGCGAACGGAGGACGGAGUGUUUCAAGUCCGAUUUGCAGACGGCUCCUUGCUGGAAAACGUGAAGGCGGAGCAGCUGAGCCCACCUGCCGAAAAUGCCUUGCGCACAUCCCCCAGCAAAACACCACCGGAUGCGGAUUGGCUCCUGGAUCGCAAGAUCCAGGCCCGGAUCGAUGAUGUCUGGCCGAUGAAGAAGCGCAUGAAGGACGUUCUGGCCAAGCUUCGGAGACCGCGGCCGGUCACGGCUCCAAUCCUGAGAGGGCCGUUUGUGGGUAAGGAUGCCGUCGACUCGGAAGGCUACGCUGCCCAUCCGAGGCCUGCGGAAGACUUGGUCGUCGACGGUGAGUUCGUAGACACUUGGGGCAAGUUUGCAGGCAAGGUCAAGUUUGCUUCCACCUUCAAGAUUGGCCCUGCAUACCCCAGAAUGGAGGUAUGGGUGGAGCAGGUUGAUGCUGCAGAGCCACUCUACUUCCAUGCAGCUUUGCCGGUGCAUGCUGGCCUCAUUUGCCUAGGCAAGUACGAGGGAAAUCCUGAGUGGAUCCGCGCCAGUGAUGUCGCCCUUCUGGGCAUCAUGAUAUAUGCCGAUGGUGAACUUUGUUCCAAGCUUGAAAAUCCAGCGCUUGUGAAACAUGGUGCACAAAAGUACGGCCAUGACAGCUGCCACUAUGUUCCCGGCUGUUCUUCGACAUAUUUGAUUGACAUGGACUGGAUAGGAGCUGUUUUCACUCUGGCGCCCUCGGACUCUGACUUUGAGGUUCAAGACGACAUCUACAACAUUGUCACGUACCAUGAGAUUCUGGAGGCAGCAUCCAGCCAGCUGCAGGAGCACGGGAAUAUUUCAGCUGCCGAGCGUGCAGAGGUCCUGGUGCAGGUGGACCUGGUGCUGACGACGAGCUACCUGGCCACGGUUCGUCAGGUUUGCUGUGGUGCGGUUCGGGUGAUGUUGACCCAAAAGGGCAUGGAUGUCUCCCGCAAGCCAACGAAGGACCUGUCGAAGCCACGCUUCGAGGAUGGAGUGGAAGAUCGCCGCUUUGUCCUGUACGGCAACAUCUGCCUGGACUGUGUCCUGGAGGUUCCAUCGUAUCCCAAAGAGGAUUCGUCGCAAAGGGCAACAGCCUUCACAAAGACGUUGGGAGGUAACGGUGCAAACAGCUGUCGAGUCUUAGCACAGCUGGUUUCAUCAGGGCAGAGUGUGAGCUCCUUAGGUAUAGUCCCGGCUCAGGGAGAUGCAGAUGCCGAGUUCGCACUGAAAACUCUCCAAGCAGGAGGAGUGGAGACGUCGCUGCUUCAAAAGGCCUGUGCUGCCGAUAACGCCGGGCUGCCCACAAGCUUUGUGCUGCUGAGUGCAGACUCCGGGGCGCGGACCAUCAUUUCCUCGCGACGCGAUUUGAAAGAGAUGGAUGCGAGUCAUUUGAACGAGGUGCUGAAGCAGGUCGAGGACGGUGCACCGCUGUGCUGGUGUCAUUUGGAAUGCCGCCAGAUGCCUGGAGUGCUUCAAAUGGCCUCGAUUCUGCGUCCAGAAGUCCCUGACUUCAGGUCUCCUUUGACGCCAAUCCUUUCCGUCGAGGUAGAGAAACCUGCCUUGGAAGUGGGCGCACUGCUUCCGUUGUUGCAGCGCUGUGAUGUGGCAUUUUUCUCUAGCGAUUUCAUUCGGGCCCAAGCGUCAAACAUACUCGGCACGGACGACGUGCAGGCCACCGCAGGUCAACCCGAAGACUGGCGGGAUCACACGGCCCUGCGGUGUUUGCGGGCCCUUGCUUCAAAGGCAACAGAGGGGAGAUCGCUCUGGAUUUGUCCCUGGGGGGCCUUCGGUGCCUUUGCCCUGGAAGUUCCUAGCGGGGAGGUGUAUUUCGAGAAGGCGCUUGCAGUCAAGGUUGUAGAUUCAUUGGGAGCCGGAGACACCUUUGUCGCUGCGAGCCUCUGCGCAUUGGGAGGCGGUGCAGAUCCGCAGCAGGCGUUACGAUUUGCCUGCGCAGUCGCAGGGAAGAAAGUGUCACAGGUAGGGCUUGCAGGCUUGAAAUCGUCCGUGCCUGCGGAUGUGCCAUGGCGCAGCUCAUGA